ACAUGUCUAACCCUGGGGGCCGGAGGAACGGGCCCGUCAAGCUGCGCCUGACAGUACUCUGUGCAAAAAACUUGGUGAAAAAGGAUUUUUUCCGGCUUCCUGAUCCAUUUGCUAAGGUGGUGGUUGAUGGAUCUGGGCAGUGCCAUUCUACAGAUACUGUGAAGAAUACACUUGAUCCAAAAUGGAAUCAGCAUUAUGACCUGUAUAUUGGAAAGUCUGAUUCAGUUACGAUCAGUGUAUGGAAUCACAAGAAGAUCCAUAAAAAACAAGGUGCUGGAUUUCUUGGUUGUGUUCGUCUUCUUUCCAAUGCCAUCAACCGCCUCAAAGACACUGGUUAUCAGAGGUUGGAUCUAUGCAAACUUGGGCCAAAUGACAAUGAUACAGUUAGAGGACAGAUAGUAGUAAGUCUUCAGUCCAGAGACCGAAUAGGCACAGGAGGACAAGUUGUGGACUGCAGUCGUUUGUUUGAUAAUGAUUUACCAGAUGGCUGGGAAGAAAGGAGAACUGCCUCUGGAAGAAUCCAGUACCUAAACCACAUAACAAGAACUACGCAAUGGGAACGCCCAACACGACCAGCAUCUGAAUAUUCUAGUCCUGGCAGACCUCUUAGCUGUUUUGUUGAUGAGAACACUCCAAUUAGUGGAACGAACGGUGCAACAUCUGGACAGUCUUCAGAUCCCAGACUGGCAGAGAGGAGAGUCAGGUCACAACGACAUAGAAAUUACAUGAGCAGGACACAUUUACAUACUCCUCCAGACCUACCAGAAGGCUAUGAACAGAGGACAACACAACAAGGUCAGGUGUAUUUCUUACAUACUCAGACUGGUGUGAGCACAUGGCAUGAUCCAAGAGUGCCUAGGGAUCUUAGCAACAUCAAUUGUGAAGAGCUUGGUCCAUUGCCUCCUGGAUGGGAGAUCCGGAAUACAGCAACAGGCAGAGUUUAUUUCGUUGACCAUAACAACAGAACAACACAGUUUACAGAUCCUCGGCUCUCUGCUAACUUGCAUUUAGUUUUAAAUCGGCAGAACCAAUUGAAAGACCAGCAACAGCAGGUGGUAUCGUUGUGCCCUGAUGACACAGAGUGUCUGACAGUCCCACGGUACAAACGAGACCUGGUUCAGAAACUAAAAAUUUUGCGGCAAGAACUUUCCCAGCAACAGCCUCAGGCUGGCCAUUGCCGCAUUGAGGUUUCCAGGGAAGAGAUUUUUGAGGAAUCAUAUCGACAAGUCAUGAAAAUGAGACCGAAAGAUCUCUGGAAGCGAUUAAUGAUAAAAUUUCGUGGAGAAGAAGGGCUUGACUACGGAGGGGUUGCCAGGGAGUGGUUAUAUCUCUUGUCACAUGAAAUGUUGAAUCCUUACUAUGGCCUCUUCCAGUAUUCAAGAGAUGAUAUCUAUACAUUGCAGAUCAAUCCUGAUUCUGCAGUUAAUCCGGAACAUUUAUCAUACUUCCACUUCGUUGGACGAAUAAUGGGAAUGGCUGUGUUUCAUGGACAUUAUAUUGAUGGUGGUUUCACAUUGCCUUUUUAUAAACAGUUGCUUGGGAAGUCCAUUACCUUGGAUGACAUGGAGUUAGUUGAUCCAGAUCUUCAUAACAGUUUAGUGUGGAUACUUGAGAAUGAUAUCACAGGUGUUUUGGACCAUACCUUCUGCGUCGAACAUAAUGCCUAUGGUGAAAUUAUUCAGCAUGAACUUAAACCAAAUGGCAAGAGUAUCCCUGUUACUGAAGAAAAUAAAAAAGAAUAUGUCAGACUCUAUGUGAACUGGAGAUUUUUACGAGGAAUUGAGGCACAAUUCCUGGCCCUGCAGAAAGGAUUUAAUGAAGUAAUUCCACAGCAUCUGCUGAAGACAUUUGACGAGAAGGAGUUAGAGCUCAUUAUUUGUGGACUUGGAAAGAUAGAUGUUAAUGACUGGAAGGUAAACACCCGGUUAAAACACUGUACACCAGACAGCAAUGUCGUCAAGUGGUUUUGGAAGGCUGUGGAGUUUUUUGAUGAAGAACGACGAGCACGGUUACUUCAGUUUGUGACAGGCUCAUCCCGAGUGCCUCUGCAGGGCUUCAAAGCUUUACAAGGUGCUGCAGGCCCACGACUCUUUACCAUACACCAGAUUGAUGCCUGCACUAACAACCUGCCAAAAGCCCACACUUGCUUCAAUCGAAUAGACAUUCCGCCCUAUGAAAGCUAUGAAAAGUUAUAUGAAAAGCUGCUAACAGCCAUUGAAGAAACAUGUGGAUUUGCUGUGGAAUGACAACUUCAAGGAUUUACCCAGGAC